GUCCGCAUCCAUUUCAUCAGACGACUCCUGGGAUUUCUCUCUACACCGAGCUGCCACCAUUGCUCAUAUCUUGUCGCCCAGUCUCCAGCCGCCCAAGUCGGAGUGCGCCCUCGGUGAAGUUUGUGUUUAUUCUUUGUGUCGCCGCCACGGAUUUACUUCAAAUCUCAGCUACAGAUUUGAACUCGGCCUUGACAUUAUCACGAUGCUAACUAUCGACCAGUGUUGUUCUGUGUUCUGACCACGGGUCAGUGUUGUUCCGUGUUCUGACCACUGGUCAGCGUUGAUCUAUCGUGACAUCGGCCGGCGUUGAACUGUGUCCAGGUAUGCUGCAAGACGGAAAGAACGAAUCACCAGCAAAGAUGGCGGGCAACCCGUUUAGCAUUAGCCGCGUCUUAGCUGACGAUUUCGGCAAGAAUUUCAAAAACGGACUUCCCGUGAACCACCGCGUGACAGAAGCUGCUCACGACACGGCGCACGUGCACCCCGCCUACAGCAACAGCAGCCGGAAGUCAGCCUUCGACAGCAUCGUCUUCUCCAAUGACAGCCAUUUGUUCCGGUACGGCGAGUGCCGCCCCUCGCCCGUCCCCGUGUACAACACAGACGUGUACACACCCAAAUCCCACAACACAGACGUGUACACGCCCAAAUCCCAGCACACAACACACCCUCGCUCACCCUCCCCGUGUUCGGACAAUUCCAAAGAAGCGGACAUUUCCUUACACCACGAUUCGGAUUAUUCCAGAGACGGCAACGAGAAGCUGACCGCGGAUACGUUCGCCCGUGACCAGGACUUGGGCUACCCCCACGGGAGUCACGUGGUCAAGGACGGCGCCCCAGACGAGCGGGCCAGCUACUGCAGCUCCCCCGCCUCCUGCACCGACUCAGUCUUUGACCGCGAGGACCAAAACAACAACACCGACGUGGACGUAGACGACGACGCCAACGACAUGGACAACAUCGAGGAGGACGAGGUCCACAGCCCGGGGAAGGAUAACGACACGGACAAGAAGGACGAGGUGAAGACGGAGAAAGACGGCAAGACGGAGGAGGAGAAGAAGAACGAGAAGCCGCCCUUCAGCUACAACGCCCUGAUCAUGAUGGCCAUCAGGUCGAGCCCCGAGAAGCGGAUGACCUUGAGCCAGAUCUACGAGUUCAUCACCAAGAACUUCCCGUACUACCGCGACAACAAGCAGGGCUGGCAGAACUCCAUCCGUCACAACCUCAGCCUCAACAAAUGUUUUCUCAAGGUACCCCGUCACUAUGACGACCCUGGCAAGGGCAACUACUGGAUGCUUGAUCCCUCAUGUGAUGACGUCUUCAUUGGCGGAACAACCGGAAAACUCCGAAGACGUUCGUCACAUUCCGCCAGAAGUCGGCUAGCCUUCGGCCGAGCCGGCUUCCCAUAUAUGGGCAUUCCUGGUUUCCCUCGAGACGGACAUCCCGCGCUGCUGCCCUUUUCUUCCUUCUACUCUCUGCCCGGCAUGAUGAAGCACCCGGGCAUGUACCCGUACCUGGGGCACAACCUGCUGCAGACGCCCCACGGCUUCAUGGACAACCACGCCGCCAUGGCCCGGCUCCCGGGGAUUGAAAAACUCUUCGCGCACGGCAUGACGUCACAGGCGGCCGCAAUCUCAGCGGCCGUAGCAGCGGCGGCAUCGACGUCAUCGCCGAUGUCCCGACCUUCGUCGUCCCAAGGGCGGGGCAUGCCCCAGGGCAGCACCCCACCCCGGCAGUACUCCCCCUACACCAGCUUAGCCAGCUCGCUGCCUACGUCAUCGUUUGUUAUACCUGGCUUCGGACACCUGUGCUCAAAAUCUUCAGGUCUUGGACUUGGCACAUCCGCCGCGUCAGUGCACCGGAAACUUGAGGGAGUCAGUGACUCCAGCAGCAACCACGACAGCAGCAGCCCAGUGUACCCACACUUUCUCAGGCCCUUCUCUGUCUCCAACGUGGAGUCACACAAACUUAUGUCCCCGAUGCUGACUCAUUAGUGGCGUCACCAGUCGCAGACUCAUUUUAGACAAUGGUGACUCAGACAUCAUCAUGGAGUCAAAUAAACCCAUAUGCCCAAGGCUGACUCAUUAUGGGCGUCAUCAGUGUGGAGUCAGACUACAAACAUUUUCACCAAUGUUGAAUCAUUAACAGCGUUAUCCACCAGGAUUCUCACUCAUGCUGACUCUUGAGUGACGCCAUCUAUGUGGAGUCACACAAGCUCUUAUUCCUAAUAAUGACUUAUGACGUCA